AUGGACAAUUCCCUCUGCGUCUCGUCCAGUGAUCUACACCACUCCGCUUCACAUUCAACCUACCCAGCACCCUCCCUUCCCUCGGUCGCUGCAGACGCAUCCACCCUAGCUGCAUCACAACCACCGCAUCAACAACAACACCACCACAAAUUCCCCUCUCCCAACCCAAACUUCCAUCCGAACCACCACCAGCAAGCCAAGCAUCUCCAGCCCUUCGUCCCAGCAGACAAUCCCCUCCCCUCUUCAGGACCAUCCACCUCCACCUACACACAGCUCCAACCACAAUCCCAACUUCACACGCAGUGCCAGCCCCUCGACAUCCGCACCAUCCUCAGUCCUCCCGACCUCGACCUCUGGCGCACGCGCCUCUUCAACAUCGAUGAAAUGAUCGUCCUUAGUGAGGAACAAUUCCUAACUUACUUCCCGCACAUCGACAACGUCUACUCCCACCGCUCAACGCAGCACUACAAGCGCAAGCCCCUCGUCUCGCACUACUGGGACUGCCGGCUCAAGGGCCGCCCGCCGGGCACGCCCAAGUCCACCGACCCCAACAAGAAGAAGCGGAAGCGCACGGCCCGCGAGCGGGAUCUGUGCGAUGUCAAGAUCAAGAUCACGGAGUAUUUUCCUUGGUCGGAAGGGGAGGGUUUGUCGGUGGGGGCAGGGGGUGGUGGUUCUGCUGCUGCUACUGGCAGCAAUAGUGCCGCUGAGCGGAUGGAGGGAGUCUCCGGGUCCAAUUAUAAUCAUCCGUUUGGGAUGCUAACGCCGAAUCUGAAUGUGCUGUUGCCCGAGGGGCAUCCGGGAUUGCAGGGGCAGCGGUUCUUUACUAUCCAGAGGGUGAAUGGGAAUGGGGGGAAUGGGAAGAAUGAUGGGGUUACGGGGGGGCAUCGGCAUACGCUGGAAGAGAGUGAUCGCGUGAAGAAGAAUAGUGUACAGCGGUUUCUCUUGAAGGAGGCGAGGCAAGAGAGGAAGAAGGCGGUCUCGGUAAGUUUCGAGAUGCCUUUUUAUUUGUCUCUAUGUUCUACUACUGUCGGUGGGCGGUGGUGUUGAUGGAGGGGGGGAGGGUUACGUCACUGGUGCGGCGGGCUGAACCUGACCACCGCACGCAAUUCCCCGCUUCCCCUUCUCUUCUUUCUCCAUCAUUUUUGCCAUCUUGCGUUAUGUUCCUUCGAUCUUUCUGGCAGACGAGUCCUUGUUUGUGGAAUAGCCUGACGUGCCGAACUCAAUCGGCAAUUGCACACGCUCCAUCAGCAUAUCUCCGUUCUAACGCCGGCCGCCUACAGACGCGAACCAUGUCUACCCAGAACCAACCACAGAAGUCGUACCACACCAAAGCUACCGGGCUCGCAGCCAAGACUGUUGCCGAUCACUCCGAAGACAACGAUCUGAAGCUGUUUGGUAGUUGCUUUUGGUGAGACGG